GACGUAAACCGUUUGACAGCUGAAUAAAAUAUUUCUUCCUUUUCAGUCGCUUCACCCGCCAUUUUGGACGUAUUUCGUACGUUUACUAGUGAAAUCUAUCAAUUAAGAUGGGUCACGCUAACAUUUGGUAUUCCCACCCCCGUAGAUACGGACAGGGAUCUCGUUCAUGCCGCGCCUGCUCCAACAGACACGGACUCAUUCGCAAAUAUGGUCUAAAUAUUUGCAGACAGUGCUUCAGAGAGUACGCACACGACAUUGGAUUUAAGAAACUCGACUAGAACGUGUUGGAGUAUUAGGUUAAUAAAAAUUUAAACCCAAAA